AUGUUGAGCUCUGCCGCUAAAUCCAGAGCUUGCUUGCUUGCUUCAAGGGGCCGCUGGGCUCAGACACUGCGGUCACUCUCCACCAUCUCGUCAGGCCCUGAGGAGUGCGACAUUGUCAUUGUCGGAGGAGGCCCAGCCGGACUUGCUCUUGCCAGUGCACUUGGCUCGUCACGUCAAAUACACGAGUCUUUGAGCAUUGCUCUUGUUGAGGCUGGCGACCUCUCGAAGAUCAGGGAAUGGGCACCUGCUCCCGGCGGCUUCUCCAACCGCGUCAGCUCUAUCACAAACGCCUCUGAAGCAUUUCUAAAGGGCACCACCAUGCUCACAACCUGUGGUGAUGCAGACAUCGGCGCAUGGUCUUAUAUUGACCUUGAACGUACUAUGCCGAUUGAAGAACUGCAAGUGUGGGACGGGAUAUCUGAUGCCCGAAUCACAUUCUCUGCGUCAGAGAUCGUGUAUGCCGGGUUAGAUGCACCUCAGGAGAUGGCGCGCUUGAUAGAGAAUCUAAAUUUACAACGCGGUCUCCUCCGACAUCUCUCCAGUAUGCCAAUGAUACAGCUCUUUGACAAGGUGAAGGUACAGUCCAUUCAGAGAGAGGAGAGAGAGGGCGGCGGAUGGCCAUUGGUUCAACUCUCGGAUGGACGCGUCCUCCGUGCUAGACUGCUUGUUGGCGCCGAUGGUUUCAACUCGCCCGUACGCUCAUACGCAGGUACUCAGUCGUACGGCUGGGCAUACGACACCCAAGCUAUCGUUGCCACGCUCAACCAUCCCAUGCGCACACCUCUCGAGCCUCCCAACACGGUCGCAUACCAGCGCUUCCUCCCUACUGGGCCUAUCGCCUUCCUCCCACUAUCCCCCACCGCCUCCUCUCUCGUCUGGUCCACGAAGCCCCAUCUUGCCAAAGCCCUCAUGGCGUGCGACCCUGCUGUCCUCGCGAUCAUGGUCAACGCUGCAUUCCGCUUGCCCGACGUGUCCAUGCGGUACCUCCACAAGCGCAUCCUCGAGGCCCAGGAGGCUGGCGCAUCCAUCACGCUGAAGGAGCUCGCAGCGGAGAUCAGCUGGCGCGAGCAGUCGCAUCACAUCGAUCCCCAUUCUGCCUAUUCGGUCUCGACAAUGGCACAGAUGGCCGGCGCUGGAGUGCCUCCGGAAGACUCAGAGGUUCUGCCACCGUUCGUGACGUCUAUCCAGUCGGACACCAUUGCGUCGUUCCCAUUGCGUCUCACUCAUGCUGAUUCUUACAUUGGAGAGGGCAACGGCGCGCGCACGGUGCUGAUCGGUGACGCUGCACAUACAAUCCACCCAUUGGCGGGACAGGGCCUCAACAUGGGCCUCGCAGACGUUCAGGCUCUCUCCCACUGCAUCAACAAUGCCGUGACAUACGGUGGCGAUAUUGGCUCAUACACGGCGCUCGCGCCCUACGCGCGCGAACGAUACUUCGAGAACCACAAAAUUCUGUCCGCAUGCGACAAGCUGCACAAGCUCUACAGUGCCACCGCCGAGCCCAUCGUCUGGGCGCGCUCAGUGGGUGUGGAAAUACUGAACGAGCUCGACACGGUUAAGGCCGCCAUGAUGAUAUCUGCGGGGAGUGCCCCUCGUCCUGAUUCACCGGUGAUAGGUUGGAACCUCGCUGCAAAUGGCAUCGAAAGCAUCGCUCGUGGGAUCAACACCGCAAAAAAUGUGAGUAAUGGUCUGAAGGGCGUGGCAGGCGCUGGAGUUCAGGGUCUCUUUACAAUGCUCGCGAACUCCGGAAAAGCUAGUUCGUAGUUCCGCCAUGUGCUAACUUCUUGGAAAAGCGCUGGUGAAUGCCAUAUUCAUCGCCUGUACGGUCAACAAGCUGAAUCUUUAUGAUGUUCUCGACAUUGCCGUGUGGAGGCAUUUUGCACCUGCCUGCGCUACAAGUGUGCACUGACAACCAUUGC